AUUCCAUUGAACCAACCAAACCCAAACUCUCUCUCCUUGUUCCUCUGUCUACUCUCUGUUUGAUUUCUCUCUCAAACAAAGCAAACAAUCACCAAAAACAACCGCCCUCCUCUAAGAAAACCAGAACCAAAACCAUGGCUUCAAUUUCAAAGCGCUUCUUCUCCUUCCUGUUUGUGAUCAUUUUCUCUUUACUGGGCUUUGUGGGUUUUUCGCAAGGCCGAAAGCUCAGUGGAUUAUCAGAUCAAGAGGGUACUGGUGGUGGCAGUGGUGCUUCAAUGCAAUGCGUGCAGAAACUGAUUCCUUGUCAACCAUUUUUGAAGGCACCCGAGAAGGCCCCUGCAGCAUGCUGCUCGCCACUCAAGCAGAUGGUUUCCGACGAUACCAAGUGCCUCUGCAGCGUCUUCAACAACCCUGGCAUGUUGAGCAACCUUAACAUAACCCAGGAUGAUGCCUUGAAGCUUCCCAAGGCUUGUGGUGCCAAUGCUGACAUUUCAAUAUGCGAAAAGGAUGCAUCAUCAAGCACUUCACCAGCAGCUAUACCGGCUUCCAACAAUAAGAGGGAAAGGUCGAGAUGGUCCAAAUGGCUGCUGUUUCUUCCUGGAGCUGUCUCUUUUGGCCUUGGCACUUGGCAGAUCUUCAGAAGGCAAGAGAAGAUAAAAAUGUUAGAUUACAGACAGAAGAGGUUGGAAAUGGAACCUGUAAACUUCAACAAUGUCUCACUUUCAAGUGAAGAAUUGGAUCAUUUGGAGUUUAGGAGGGUGAUAUGCAAAGGAUAUUUUGAUGAGGAAAGGUCAAUCUAUGUGGGUCCUCGUUCAAGAAGCAUUUCCGGAGUCACUGAAAAUGGCUACUAUGUCAUCACACCUCUUGUGCCGGUCUCUGACAAACCUGAGCGUGUGCAGCCACCAAUUUUAGUCAACAGAGGAUGGGUACCCCGAAGUUGGAAAGAAAAGUCUUCAGAAGUUCAUGAAGAUGGUGAACAACCUUCUAAUGUAGCACCCUCCUCUGUUCAAGAGAAUGAAAGAAGGUCUUGGUGGAGGUUCUGGACGAAGAAGCCUAAAGUCGUUGAGGAUCAGCAGACCCCUGCUUUUGCUCCUGUUGAAAUUGUUGGAGUAGUUCGGGGGAGUGAGAAGCCUAGCAUAUUUGUUCCACCAAAUGAUCCAAAAUCCUCCCAGUGGUUCUAUGUUGAUGUUCCUGCAAUUGCUCGUACUUGCGGCCUCCCUGAGGAUACUGUUUACAUCGAAGACAUAAAUGAAAAUGUCAAUCCGAGUAACCCUUACCCAGUUCCAAAGGAUGUUGGUACCUUGAUUCGGAGUUCAGUCAUGCCUCAGGACCAUCUAAAUUAUACGUUGACAUGGUAUUCCUUGUCUGCAGCAGUUACAUUCAUGGCUUUCAAGAGAUUAAGACCCAAAAAGAGCCGGAGAUAGCAGCAGAGACUUCAUCAUAAGAGAUUUGAGUUGUAUUGAAUUAUCUCUAUAGUAUGAAAGAAUAUGGUGUCCGAAAAUUUUGAGUUGUCAAAUUAAUUUUGCGUGUACUGUCAUCGAACUCAUCAGCAACAACCCUUGUAUUUUGAUUGGCAACUGGAAAUAUUUCCAGGUUGGAUUGCCAGAUUAGGCUUUGCUGAUAUGAAGUUGAAUGUUGGCAGCCAAGAAGGAAAAUAAUAUUUUCAACACCUGAGGACCCCUAACGCCUGUAGGAGACUUUCUAUGUCGUUUGUGAUGUAGAACAACGAAAAUGUCUCCUCAACACAAUUUUUGUAAUUUUUCUUAUUGGUAAUAUGAUACAUUUUUGUUU